CACCGGGCGGCUGCGUCAGGAGGGCACAUUCCACUCUGCGCAAUUACGCGGACUCUUAACUGGCACAGUGAUCAGAGAAAAUCCAACCGGCUAUUUCUGCAGCUACUGAACUUCAUAAGGUUGACAUGGACUUUUAAUCAGGUCGUCCUGGUACAUCCGAGGACUUGCUUCGUGCACUUUAAUGCAGUUUACGAUACAACAGCUUUGAAUGUUAUGAUAUGAUUUAAACGCAUGUGCUCUGAGCACAGCUUUGAGUAGUUGUCUUAUAAAUAGACACUUUUUUUCUUUUUAAAUAGCUUCUUUCUUCUCUAAAAUUGGCUCCCGUACAAACAGCCGCGUUGGAUCCCUCGGCGUAUUGCGAGACUCCGGUGUAUAACCCGGAUCUCUGCCCUAAUAUGAUAGCCGCCCAGGCAAAACUGGUGUAUCACCUCAACAAAUACUACAACGAGAAAUGCCAAUCUCGGAAAGCCGCCAUCUCCAAGACCAUCCGGGAGGUGUGCAAGGUGGUAUCGGAUGUCCUGAAGGAGGUCGAGGUGCAGGAGCCCCGCUUCAUCAGCUCUCUCAGCGAGAUGGAUAAUCGUUUCGAGGGACUGGAGGUCAUCUCACCCACCGAGUUCGAAGUUGUGCUCUAUCUGAAUCAGAUGGGAGUAUUCAACUUUGUGGAUGACGGCUCUCUCCCGGGCUGCGCCGUGCUCAAGCUCAGCGACGGCCGCAAGAGAAGCAUGUCUCUCUGGGUUGAAUUCAUCACAGCCUCCGGUUACCUCUCAGCGCGCAAGAUUCGCUCCAGAUUUCAGACACUAGUGGCGCAGGCAGUGGAUAAAUGCAGCUACAGAGAUGUUGUCAAAAUGGUCGCUGACACAAGCGAGGUGAAGUUGCGCAUUAGAGACAGAUAUGUGGUGCAAAUCACGCCGGCUUUCAAGUGCACUGGGAUCUGGCCACGCAGUGCUGCGCACUGGCCUCUCCCUCACAUCCCCUGGCCGGGACCUAACCGAGUGGCUGAAGUCAAAGCGGAAGGUUUCAAUCUUUUAUCCAAAGAGUGCUACUCCCUGAACGGCAAGCAGAGCUCAGCAGAGAGCGACGCCUGGGUCUUGCAGUUCGCCGAGGCCGAGAACCGGCUCCUUCUGGGCGGAUGCAGGAAGAAGUGUUUGUCAGUCCUCAAAGCCGUACGCGACCGGCACCUCGAACUGCCUGGAACGCCCCUCAACAACUACCACAUGAAAACUUUGGUUGCCUACGAGUGUGAGAAGCAUCCCAGGGAGUCAGACUGGGAUGAGAAUUGCCUCGGCGACCGCCUCAACGGGAUACUAUUGCAGCUUAUUUCAUGUUUGCAGUGCAGAAGGUGCCCGCAUUAUUUUCUGCCCAAUUUAGACCUGUUUCAAGGAAAACCUCACUCUGCUCUAGAGAACGCAGCCAAACAGACUUGGCGACUGGCAAGAGAAAUACUGACCAACCCAAAAAGCUUGGAGAAACUCUGAGGUAAAAAUAUGUUAGUGAACAUCGUCUUAACAUUUGUGUUAAAGAGGCCUAACCAGCUCAUAAACGGACACAAAUAUUGCCAAACAAUUUGCAGAAUCUCGUAAAAUGUGACUGUCCUCCGAUGUUGAGUAUGUUUUGGCCAAGCCUGUUUUAAAACAAAUUUUUAUUACACUGAGUUCAGUUUGCCAUUUUCCCUGUGCGCCCUUUGGCGCUGUCAGAAUUUAGGAGCAAGUCUAAAUAACUGGCCACCUUUAAUCCAGGAGGCCAGCUCUCUCCGUGCCACUAAAUCUUUUUCUAAAAUGCUUUAAAAUAAAGCUCCCAGACAAACUUUGACAAAUAAAAAUAAAAAUACACACCUGUACAUUUUAUACUGUAAAUACAUUCAUAGAUUGUGAUUCAAGUGGUCUGAAAUUGUGAAUGUUGUUCUGUGACACGUAAAUAGGAUCCACCUGUUUAAAUCUACUUCUGAACUUUUCUUUAUCUGCUAGAAACCUUUUUUAAUUUAUACUUGCAUCCGUGGUAGUCUGACUCAUCUGUCUCGAUGGACAUUGUCUCAUUUUUGAAAGUUUACAUUUGAUGGUAGGCGUACACGACAUUUGUUACAUUGAAAACAUUCCAUCAAUUUACUUGAAAUAUUAUUUAAAGUACUCGAACAUUUUUGGUUGUUGUUUCUUUACCAUGUUUAGGCCUACAUGACAAAAAAUGAAAAUGAGAACAUAUAUAUAGUAUAUAUAUAUAACAGUUUAAAUGAAAAAAAAAUGCACUUGAAAAACACUGGAUUAUAACAUCUGUGAUCUGAUUUUUUUAUUUCUGUCUUUGAUCUAAUUUAAAGAGCUAAUAAAACGAGC